AUGGAAGGAGGAUCAAAUCAAAGAGGUGGAGGUAUUAGUAGUAGUAGUAGUACUAAUAGAGGAAGAGGAGGAAGAGGAAGAGGAGGAUCAUCAUCAUCAACAGGAGGAAGAUCAACAACAAAUAAUUUCAAUGCAGAUACAGAUAGUAAUGAUGAUAUAAAUAAUUUAAAAUUUGUUUAUGAAGAUGAUUUGAAACUAUGUAGAAGAUUUCUAAGAGAAUAUAAUACACUUGCAAAACCAUUUAAAUAUUUAGAUAUCAUUAAACAAAUUGAAGAAGGAAAAUUAAAAAGAAUAAUAAUAGAAUUGGAUGAUAUGUUUGCAAUUAGAGAAAAUAUAGAAGGAGAAUUAUUUGGAUCAAUUGAAUUUGUAGAGAGGAUUGAAAGAAAUACAUUUACCUAUAUAAGAUUGUUUACAAUGGCCAUUGAUGAAAUCAUUGGUGAUCCAUUGGAUAAACAAAAAAUUGGUGAAAGUGAUGAUCCAAUCUUGGAUUUACUCCUAACACAACGUCAACAACGUUCAAGAAAUGAUAAAGACUUGAAUCAUAUUUCAAGUACUUUUUUACCAACCAUUGGAAUUCAAAAUCAAAAUGGUAAACAACAACCAUCAACAUUUAAACCUCCCACUUCUUCAGAAUAUCCAAAAGAAUUAAUUAGAAGAUUUGAAGUUACAAUAUGUCCAAUGAAGAAGAAAUCACUUUCACCAACACCAAUUAGAAUGAUUAGAAGUUUACAUAUUGGUAGAUUGGUAACAUUUACGGGUGUAGUGACUAGAGUGACAGAGGUGAAACCAAUGAUUACAGUUGCAACCUAUACAUGCGAUGGUUGUAGUGCAGAGGUUUUCCAAGAGAUCAAAGGUAGAGAAUUUAUGCCAGUUGGUAUGUGUCCAAGUACAGUAUGUGCAAACGCUCAAAAACAACUUGGAGGUGGAUUGACGCUGCAGUUGCGUGGCAGUAAAUUUAUAAAGUUUCAAGAAAUGAAAUUGCAGGAAAUGGCAGAUCAAGUACCGAUUGGUCAUACACCACGUUCAAUAAAGAUAUUUGUUCGUGGUGAAUUGACUAGAAAAGGGUCACCUGGUGAUGUAGUGACUGUAGAUGGCGUCUUUUUACCAACCCCCUAUACCGGUCACAAAGCAAUUCGUGCAGGUUUAUUGGCAGAUACCUAUGUCGAGGCAAUGGAAAUUCGUCAACACAAGAAAACCUAUGAACAAUUGGAAUUGACCGAUGACACUCGAUUCAAGGUAGAGCUAGAGAGCAAGACACCCGACAUUUAUGAACGUUUGGCAAGAUCGAUUGCACCAGAAAUCUAUGGUCAUUUGGAUGUUAAAAAGGCAUUACUUUUGAUGAUGAUUGGUGGAAUCUCCAAAUCAAUGCGUGAUGGCAUGUCAAUCAGAGGUGACAUUAAUAUUUGUUUGAUGGGUGACCCAGGUGUCGCCAAGAGUCAGUUGCUCAAACAUAUUUGCAAGGUGGCGCCACGUGGCAUUUACACGUCGGGCAAGGGAAGCAGUGGCGUCGGUCUUACGGCCGCUGUCGUCAAGGAUUCCAUGACGGGCGAGUUUGUUCUAGAGGGUGGUUCGCUCGUACUCGCCGACAUGGGUAUCUGCUGCAUCGACGAGUUUGACAAGAUGGAAGAAGCCGAUCGUACCGCCAUCCACGAAGUCAUGGAACAGCAAACCAUCUCCAUUGCAAAGGCUGGUAUCACCACCACACUCAAUGCCCGUACCAGUAUCUUGGCCGCCGCCAAUCCCGCCUAUGGAAGAUACAAUUUCAAAAAAUCACCCGACGAAAACUUUAACCUUCCACCAUCACUCUUGUCUCGUUUUGAUCUACUCUUUCUCAUGGUGGAUCGACCCAAUUUGGAAUUGGAUCGUCUACUCUCGGAACAUGUCACCUUUGUCCAUCAAAAUUCCAAGCCUCCCGCACUCGACUUUGUCACAUUUGAACCAGAGUUUAUUCGUGCCUAUGUCUCGGUGGCUCGCUCGUACAGUCCCUACGUCUCCAAAGAUCUCACCGAGUUUAUCGCAUCGACCUAUGUCGGCAUGCGCAAACAAGAAAGUGAAACCAAAGAACCAUUCACCUAUACCACGGCUCGUACCCUACUCGGUAUCUUGCGUAUGGCGCAAGCCCACGCUCGUUGUCGUGCCGCCUCCCAUGUACAACAAUCAGAUAUCGAAGAAGCCAUUCGUCUCAUCUACAAAUCAAAAGAUUCCAUUCGUAUUGAAAAGGAUAAAAAACAAAGACCCACAAACAUUCCAUCCGCCAUCUAUGACCUCAUUAAAAAUAAUUGUAAGCGAUCUGAUAGAAAAUCAGCCAAAUAUACAGAUAUCCUACCUCAAAUUGUAAAUGCUGGUUUUACAGAAAAACAUCUUCAAGAUACAAUAGAAGAAUAUAGUCAAUUAAAUUUAAUUUUAUGGUCUGAACAAAAAACUCUAAUUAAAUUGGUAGAGUAA